UGUGACCAUGGAAUAAACAGGGAUAAGGAGAUAUUACAGUCCGGCAGACUUGGUAGGUAACUAAGGGCACAUGCCAAGAGAACUGUCAAAGCCAUCUGGGCUUGCCAGGUGAAGCUAGGCAGCAGGCCUCUAGAAAGAUCUCCAAAGAUGGUACAAAGUCCUGUUUGCAUUUUUGAGGCUGAGAUCAGGGAAUGUACACACAAUUUAGAAAUGAGGACAUCACCCGCCUUUAAAGGGGAGGGCUAAAAGAAAUUACAAGUGGUUCUGUAUCACGGAGAAAAAUAAAGUUUACAAGUUUAGAUCAGUUUCUUGUCAACUGAAUCAACUGCCUUGGAUUUGUCACAGAGACCGACCAUCAUGCAGCGGAGGGCAGGGAAGGCCCGGCCUUACACUAAAGCCCUGGAUGGAGGUUGGGGAUGGAUGGUUGUAUUUCAUUUCUUCCUGGUAAAUGUGUUUGUGAUGGGAAUGACCAAGACGUUUGCAAUUUUCUUUGUGGUUUUCCAAGAAGAAUUUGAAAGCAGCUCAAGGCAAACUGGCUGGAUUGGAUCCAUCAUGUCAUCAAUUAUUUAUUCUGCAGGACCUCUGGUUGCCAUGAUUUGUGACAUAAUCGGAGAGAAGACUGCCUCCAUUCUUGGGGCUCUCCUUGUUACUGGUGGAUAUCUGAUCAGCAGCUGGGCCACUAGCAUUCCCUUUCUUUGUGUGACUAUGGGACUUUUACCUGGUUUGGGUGCUGCUUUCUUGUACCAAACAGCUGCUGUGGUAACUACCAAAUACUUCAAAAAACGACUGGCUCUUUCUACAGCUAUUGCCCGUUCUGGGAUGGGACUCACAUUUCUCUUAGCACCUUUUACAAAAGUCCUGAUAGAUCUGUAUGACUGGACAGGUGCCCUUAUACUACUUGGAGCACUUACACUGAAUUUGGUGCCUUCCAGUAUGCUCUUAAGACCCAUCCAUAUUGCAAGCGAGAACAAUUCUGAUGUUAAAAAUAGAGGUAGCCGCUUGUCUACAAGUAACCCAGGGGCAGUGUGUGAGACAGAAACGUCAUCCUGCAAUGAGACACAAGAGGUCACCACCAUCAGGGACAGUGCUAUGCAGAAGGCUGGACAACCUGGUCCAAGUUUAAUAGUGUCACAAAAUAAAAGCAAAGAGUUCAACAAUGGGCCUGAUGGAAACAGUGUGUUCCUAGUAACUAAUGAAGAUAGUUAUGAGAAAGAGGCUAUUUCACGGAGCUGUAAGCAAAACUUCUUUGACAUUUCCCUUUUUAAAAAUCCCUUCUUCUACAUAUUUACCUGGUCUUUCCUCCUCAGUCAGUUGGCAUAUUUCAUCCCUACUUUUCACCUGGUAGCCAGAGCCAAAACACUGGGGAUUGACUUCAUGGAUGCCACCUUCCUCGUUUCGGUAGCUGGCAUCACUGAGACAGUCAGUCAAAUAGUCUCCGGAUGGGUUGCUGAUCAAGACUGGAUCAAGAAGUAUCAUUACCACAAGUCUUACCUCAUCCUCUGCGGUUUCACUAACCUGCUUGCUCCUCUGGCCACCACAUUUCCACUACUUAUGACCUAUGCCAUCUUCUUUGCCGUUUUUGCUGGUGGUUACCUGGCAACGGUACUUCCUGUACUGGUUGAUCUGUCUGGGAGUUCUAGAAUACACAGGUUCCUGGGACUUGCCACUUUCUUUGCUGGGAUGGCUGUCCUUUCUGGACCACCUAUAGCAGGCUGGUUAUAUGAUUACACCCAGACCUACACUGGCUCCUUCUACUUCUCUGGCACAUGUUAUCUCCUCUCUUCGGUCUCCUUUUUCUUUGUACCCUUGGCUGAGAGGUGGAAAAAACAGAGCCUGACCAGGAAGAGAAAGGACUGCAAUGAAGCGAGAGCUUAA